CCUAACAAUAAAAGAAAAUCCGAAUGUGAAAGACAAAAAUUCCUCUUUCAAUAUAUCUACAAACUUUUCGCGUUAUUUAAGAGAAACAAGGAAAAUGAUAAUACCGGAUAAUAAAUCACUCAUCGGCAACCGCGGAUUUUCCUCAGGAAGAUUUGAGAGACUAAAUGAGUUCACCAAAUGACAAAGAUGGGGCUAAUGUGGGAACAGAAGUCCUGAAUAUUACCCAGGGAGAGGAGGCACUCGACUCCUUGCUUGAAGAUGAUGGAAAGGGAAACGCCAAGUUAGAUAACACAUCACAAAAUUCUCUGAAUAGUGAGGUUAUGGAUAAUACCUCCGACCUCUCGGCGGACUCAUUGGUACAGUCAACGGACUCUGCAAUAGCUGUGUCUCCUGACCUGGAACCAGACCAGGAGACUCCAGACUUUGGUAAAAAGGAGACGGUUGUUCUGAACAACAAUGGGCCAACAGGAGGUUCAGAGGUUGAACAGCAGAAGGAAGAGAAGAAGAAGGAGGAAGCAAAUAAAGGUGAAGAAGAGGACAGAAGCAAAAUGCAGGAGACUGUCAUACCAGACAAGCAGGAAGUAAAGCAAGAUAAGCAGCAAACAGAAGAGGAUAAAGACAGCAGAAAUGGGAGAGUACAGGUACACUCACAAGUGGAAUAUAAUGAUGCUAUACCUAGUCCAAGUUCCCAAAAUGGAACUACACCUUCCGGGGAUGAACUUCAGCAGUUACAGACAGAGGAACAUUCAGAUGAUAACCACAGAUAUGAAGAUUGUUUGCCUGGGGGUAUUUCAUCUGAAUAUGAGGAAUGCGACCCUGGAGAAAGUUUGCUUAGUGGCAGAAAAAUGUACCAUAGUUCUGUUUUUAUUGGUUAUGAAGAGAUUGGGGUACAAAAAUCAAGGGACACAACUUGUAUAACUAGUACAGAAAAAUCUGUAAAAGAGAAACUUGAAGUGCUGAAUGAGUUGCAAGAAGUCAAGGUAGAUCAUAUACAACACGCAAAUAGCAAGGAUCAGUGUGAAGAAAGAACUCAGAUAGAUGUAUGUAAAGAGCAUCAUGAAAGAGAAGUGAAAAGUAAGAAAUCUAUAUUACCUCCUGAAGUGUCAUCUCUUUCACGAGAACUUGAAAAGCCCAAAACCUUGAAUGUUCAUAAAAUCUAUGAACACUCAUUGCAGCAUGAAGAGACAGAAUACUUAAAACCUAAAGAAAUAGAGUGCAUACAGCAGAAUGUAGAAGUAGUUGUUUCACAGCAGCAUGCAAAGGCAGCUUCCAUGCAACAUAAAGAGAUGGAACCCUCACACCCUAAAGAAACUGGAAAUUUACAGCUUGAUGAUGAAGACUAUUCACCACUGUAUGAAGAGGCUAAAGAUUAUCUGGAGUGUGAAGAGGAAAAAUGUUCAGAACUGUUUAAAUCAACAUUUUACUACAGGGAACAAAGAAAUGUAGCAUCAGACCCAUCAAAGCAACAGGCUGUAGCAUCAGACCAAGAAAUAGAAGCAAAGGAAUUAGAGCAAAGUUCUGAUACAGAUUCUAUGGUUACAGCACAAUCACGUCAGAUCCCACUGAAAGAAAACAGUUCUGAAGAGGAUGGCUAUGAAGAAGAGGAGGAAGAUGAGGAGGAUGUUAGUGAAAGUGAGAUGGUUGUUUCAGCAUCAAUCCAGUUUCCUCUUGCUAAAAAGGCUGACAAGGAGCCUAGUGCUGAAGAUGGCAGUGAAUGCAAAGAGGAGACAGAGGAGCCUCAGGCCAACGCAUCACCAGAAAUAAACGAAGGAGUUACAGUCCAAGUCCAGCAUCUGGUUACACAACAGCCUCCCAAAGAAGGCACCCCUUCAGGUUGUGAAAGUGAUGUGGAAGAUAACACCGAAGAGGACUCGAAGAGCAUAUCUGAGUCAUCUCUCCCUGUGCCUCUGGCAUCAACCCCGAGUCGCAUCCCCAGCUCUGUGCAGUUGCCUGAAACCGUUUCGCGGCUGGACACCCCAUUCGGUAGUUCUGUCUUCCUGGUGGGGACGGCACAUUUCUCACGGGAGAGCCAAGAGGAUGUUGCAACUACAAUCAGAACAGUCAAACCUGACAUAGUCGUUGUGGAAUUGUGUAAAGCACGUACUGCCAUCCUUCAGCUGGAUGAGGAAACAAUCCUUCAGGAGUCAAGAAGCCUUGACUUCAAAAAAGUACAAAUGAUCAUGAAACAGCAUGGAAAGAUCCAGGGCAUUUUGUACUUGCUUCUUCUCUCUUUGUCUGCACACAUCACAAAACAGCUGGGAAUGGCACCAGGAGGAGAGUUCCGUACAGCUUUCUCGGAGGCACGCAGAUCAGCUCCAGGUUGCCUGAUACAGUUGGGUGAUAGGCCAAUCCAGGUUACAUUGUCUCGUGCCUUAGCGUCACUCUCUCUCUGGCAUAAAGUGAAGCUUACCUGGCAUAUACUUACAUCAAAAGAACCAAUUAGCAAGGAAGAAGUGGAAAAGUGCAAGCAAAGAGAUUUUAUAGAAGAAAUGCUUGCAGAGAUGACAGGGCAAUUUCCUGCAAUUAGUGAAGUGUUUGUUAAGGAAAGAGAUAUUUACCUGUGUCGCUCCCUCCAAGCUGCUGCUCAACCUGUUCCGAACCCCAUGUCACCCACUGGUAUGUCACCACGCGUUGUUGUUGGAGUGGUUGGUAUUGGCCACGUACCUGGAAUCGUGGAACACUGGGGCAAGAUCACCGAUGAAGACAUUCCUCCUAUCAUGAGGAUACCACCGCCCAGUUUAUCAGGCAAAAUCCUGAAGGUCACUGCCAAGAUUACAGUGUACGGUCUCAUUGGGUAUGGUGUGUACAAGUGUUUGCCAAGUGCGGCAAAGUCCAUGAUCCACUCUUCUGUCCAAUCUACGGUGUUGACGCUGAAAUCCCUACCAGAACAAUGGACAAAGUAUAUACUCUUUUUGAUUUCAGAAUUGAAUGAAACUCACUGUACAGGAAGAAAAGAAGAAAAUAUUAUGGAAGGAAUGGAGAAAGUUAUAGAUAGCCCUACAUUUGCAGGAACAUCAACACUGCCAUUAAACACUGAUUCCAGAUGUAGAAAACAAUUAGAAUCUAUUAAUGAUCAUGUAACUCUCCAGUCAAUCGGUAGUGUAGGUGAAGGAAAUGGGGAAACGGAAUGCACCUUUGUCGCGAGUGAAAGUUUCAGCUCCUACAAAGAGAAGAGCAAAUGUUUCAAUCUUAGAGCCAACAAGGAAGGAGGAGCUUUAUCUCCUCUGCUCCUGGCUGGAGAAUUGAAAGAAGGUGAAUGUGAAGGUAACAAAGGUGCACAUUCUGAUUUGCCAGCAAGCAAAAAAAGAAGGAAAAUGUGUGAAGAAAAUGUUUUGUCUUUGAUAGCCCCAGGAACUAGGGAAGAGAUGGGUAUAUCUUGUGUGAAAGGGUUAAAUGAAUGCGAUAAGGUUGAUAAACCCUCUGCAUUAAGUAUGUCAGAUUUAGUUUUUAAUAAUGGGAAAAAGGCCUUCAAUCGUGAUUCAGUAGGUAAGGCAGUUGAUAGUUCUCUAAGAGUGAGUGAUGAAUCCGAGCCGAGUACAUCAAGUGUGAGAAAUACACCAGAAUAUAUAGGAUGCCAACAAGCUGAAGAUGAAUAUGAGCAUGUUGUGUGUGGUCUCAUAUAUUGUGCAUCGUCAUUUCCAGGUUCAAGUAUUGACAUGGUAAAAUUCAAUGCUGAUCAGAUUGAGGGUUGUAAGUGUGUAAAUACUUGCUCUGAGGACUGCACUUGCAUUGUUCAAUUUGGACAACCGUAUAAAGAUGGAAAACUUGAUGCAGGUUAUGGAAUCAACCCUAUAUUUGAGUGCAAUGAUGAAUGUGGUUGUGAUGAAUGUUGUCCUAAUCGCUUAGUCCAAAAAGGACCGUUAAAUGGAUUAGAAAUUACAUUAUAUUCAGAGAAGGGUUUUGGUGUUCGAACUACAUAUUUCAUUCCUCAAAAUUCUUUUGUGUGUGAAUAUGCUGGGGAACUCAUCAGCAUCCAAGAAGCAAAAAUUAGAUUUGAAAAACAAAAGGAAAAUGAGUCCAACUACAUUUUAGUUUUGAGAGAGCAUUUUGGAGGUAAAAAGACUGGACCACAAAUUACAGUCAUCGAUCCAACAGUUAUUGGAAAUUUGGGGCGAUACAUUAACCAUUCUUGCAGUCCAAAUUUGAUAGUUGUGCCAGUUAGAAUAGACAGUAUGGUUCCGGUGGCAGCAUUAUUUGCCAUUCGAGAUAUACAGCCAGGAGAAGAGCUCUGCUAUGACUACGAUUCCAGCAACAACGUCACCGGAGCCUCUCAGCUUACUGCGAAUAUGUCAUCAUUACAGAGAGGGAGAAGCAGCUUAUUCAGAGAGCUUUCAUUUGGAGAUGCUCAAAACAUAACAUCAACUGCAGUGGCUACAUCCUCAGGAGAAAAUCAAGAAAAUUACACCCAAAGUGGCUACAAGCAACAGAAACAGGUUAUGAAGAAGAUAAAUGUUGCUCAUGAAUCAGGAUCCAAACCAGUGAUCUCCAAACCAUGUUUGUGUGGAUCAGAAAAUUGUAAGGUGUUCUUACCUGUAAACAAUAUGUUGUUUUAGGUUAUAAGGGUUGAUGUGUUUUAUGCAUUAUAUAUAUAUAUAUA